AUGGGGACCUGGAUUUUGUUUGCCUGCCUCCUGGGAGCAGCUUUUGCUAUGCCUCUACAACCUCAUCCCAGGCACCCUGGUUAUAUCAACUUCAGCUAUGAGAGCUCUGGGUCUCGGGCUAUCACUAUUGAUAGAACUGCAUUUGUGCUUACGCCUUUGAAGUGGUACCAAAGCAUGAUAAGGCCACCGUACCCUUCCUAUGGUUACGAGCCCAUGGGUGGAUGGCUGCACCACCAAAUCAUCCCCAUGCUGUCCCAACAGCACCCCCAGACUCACACCCUGCAGCCUCAUCACCACAUUGCAGUGGCACAAGCUCAGCAGUCCCUGGUCCCCCAGCAACCAUUGAUGCCUGUUCCUGGCCAACACUCCAUGACUCCAACCCAUCAUCACCAGCCAAACCUCCCUUUGCCUGGCCAGCAGCCUUUCCAGCCCCAGCACUUUCAGCCACAGCCUCACCAGCCCAUGCAGCCUAUCCGGCCCAUCCAUCCCCUGCCACCUCUGCACCCCCUGCAGCCCCUGCCACCACAGCCACAUCUGCCUCUGCUGUUCCCCAUGCAGCCCCUGCUCCCCAUGAUUCCCGACCAGCCUCUGGAAGCUUGGCCAGCAACUGAUAAGACCAAGCGGGAGGAAGUGGUGAGUAUGCCUUUGAAGCCACUACAAUAUAAAUCCUGUAGAAAUGGGGUAGCAAAACUGCCCCCAGAGCUCUAA